AUGGGCCAGGGCUGCGGACACUCCAUCCUCUGCCGGAGCCAGCCGUACCAGGCGGCCGCGUCUGACCUCAAGGGCUUUAUUGAGGCGGGGGACGCCGUGCCCGGCCCCGAGGCGCUACAGGACGCCCUGCUGAGCCUGGGGGCCGUGAUCGACGCCUCCCGCCUGCGGGCCGCCCUCCGCCAUGCCCUCCUCUCCCUGCUGCCCAGAGUGGAGCACGUCUACAUCUACCUGCUGGACGGGGAGACCCGGCUGAUCUGCGACGACCCCCCCCACGAACUGCCGCCCCAGGGGAAGCUCAGGGAUGCGGUGCGGAGGCAGAAGCGGCUGGAGUGCGGGGGGCUGCCCCCCGCCGAGCUCCCCGGCCAGCAGCUGGGUGCCCUGGCAGCACCCCUGGCCCCCGGCACGCAAGUGCUCGUCAUCCCCUUGGUGGACAAGGAGAGUGGGGCCGUGGUGUGCGUCCUCCUGGUACACUGCGGCCAGCUGAGCGACACGGACGAGCAGAACCUGCGUGCGCUGGAGAGACACACGCUGGUGGCGUACCGCCGCCUGCAAGCCCUGCAGAAGCUGCAGCCCUGGCCCCGGGUCAGCCUCUCCACCAGCUCCUCCCAGAACUCCCUGGCCAAGCCCGACAGCGGCUACAGCGACCUGGACUGCAAGAUCCUGCAGCUCUGCGGCGAGCUGUACGACCUGGACGCCGCCUCGCUCCAGCUCAAGGUCGUCAACUAUCUGAAGCAGGAGACCCAGUCGCUCUGCUGCUGCCUCCUGCUCGUCUCCGAGGACAACCACCAACUCUUCUGCCAGGUGGUGGGGGACCGGGUCCUCGAGGAGGAGAUCAGCUUUUCGCUCACCUUCGGGCGCCUGGGGCAGGUGGUGGAGGACAAGAAGUCCAUCACCUUGAAGGACAUCAGCGAGGAGGAGCACAAGCAGCUGAGCAGCAUGUUGGGCUGCGAGGUCACCUCCAUGCUCUGCGUCCCCGUCAUCAGCCGGGCCACCUCCCGGGUGGUGGCCUUGGCCUGCGCCUUCAACAAGCUGAGCGGGGAGAGCUACACGGAGGCGGACGAGCACAAGAUCCAGCACUGCUUCUGCUACACCUCCACGGUGCUCACCAGCACCUUGGCCUUCCAGAAGGAGCAGAAGCUCAAGUGCGAGUGCCAGGCUCUGCUGCAGGUGGCCAAGAACCUCUUCACCCACUUGGACGACGUCUCCGUUCUGCUCCAGGAGAUCAUCACGGAGGCCCGAAACCUCAGCAACGCCGAGAUAUGCUCCGUGUUCCUGCUGGACCGCCUCAGCCAUGAGCUGGUGGCCAAGGUGUUUGACGGCGGCGUGGUGGACGACGAGAGCUACGAGAUCCGCAUCCCCGCGGACCAGGGCAUCGCCGGGCACGUGGCCACCACCGGCAAGAUCCUCAACAUCCAGGACGCCUACUCGCACCCGCUCUUCUACCGGGGGGUGGACGACAGCACCGGCUUCCGCACCCGCAACAUCCUCUGCUUCCCCAUCAAGAACGAGAGCCAGGAGGUCAUCGGGGUGGCGGAGCUGGUCAAUAAGAUCAACGGCCCCUGGUUCAGCAAGUUCGACGAGGACCUGGCCACCGCCUUCUCCAUCUACUGCGGCAUCAGCAUCGCCCACUCGCUGCUGUACAAGAAGGUGAACGAGGCGCAGUACCGCAGCCACCUGGCCAACGAGAUGAUGAUGUACCACAUGAAGGUGUCGGACGAUGAGUACACCAAGCUGCUGAGCGAGGGCAUCCAGCCCGUGUCGACCAUCGACCCCAACUUCGCCAGCUUCACCUACACGCCGCGCUCGCUGCCCGAGGACGACACCUCCAUGGCCAUCCUGAGCAUGCUGCAGGACAUGAACUUCAUCAACAACUACAAGAUGGACCGCCAGACGCUCACCAGGUUCUGCCUGAUGGUGAAGAAGGGCUACCGCGACCCCCCCUACCACAACUGGAUGCACGCCUUCUCCGUCUCCCACUUCUGCUACCUGCUCUACAAGAACCUGGAGCUCGUCAACUACCUGGAAGACAUCGAGAUCUUUGCCCUCUUCAUCUCCUGCAUGUGCCACGAUCUGGACCACAGAGGCACCAAUAACUCCUUCCAGGUGGCCUCGAAAUCGGUCCUGGCCGCGCUGUACAGCUCGGAGGGCUCCGUCAUGGAGAGGCAUCACUUCGCCCAAGCCAUCGCCAUCCUCAACAGCCAAGGCUGCAACAUCUUCGACCACUUCUCCCGCAAGGACUACCAGCGCAUGUUGGACCUCAUGAGGGACAUCAUCUUGGCCACCGACCUGGCCCACCACCUGCGCAUCUUCAAGGACCUCCAGAAGAUGGCAGAAGUGGGUUACGACCCCAAGAACAAGCAGCACCGCAGCCUUCUGCUCUGCCUGCUCAUGACCUCCUGCGACCUCUCCGACCAAACCAAGGGCUGGAAGACCACCAGGAAGAUCGCGGAGCUGAUCUACAAGGAGUUCUUCUCCCAGGGUGACCUGGAGAAGGCCAUGGGCAACCGCCCGCUGGAGAUGAUGGACCGGGAGAAAGCCUACAUCCCCGAGCUGCAGAUCAGCUUCAUGGAGCACAUCGCCAUGCCCAUCUACAAGUUGCUGCAGGACCUCUUCCCCAAGGCGGCGGAGCUCUACGAGAGGGUGGCCAGCAACCGGGAACAGUGGACGAAGGUCUCCCACAAAUUCACCAUCCGGGGUUUGCCCAGUAACAACUCCCUGGACUUUCUGGAUGAGGAAUACGACCCGCAGGCCCCCGACCCACAGCUCAACGGCUGCCUGGAGCCCGAGGGGGGGCAGCCCGAGGCGGGGGCCGAGUGA